AUGGCGCUGGAGCCGCAACCGCCCAGCGUUCGCAAGCGCGUCAAGGUCUACGAACUCAGGGAUAAUGACUGGUUUGAUCGGGGAACGGGGUUUUGCACCGGCCAGUUCUUGGAAGAUGAACCGCGAAUAUUCGUCGAGUCUGAAGAUGAGCCUGGUCGGGUGCUCUUGGAAACGAAAAUAAACAGAGAUGAUGGGUAUCAGAAGCAGCAAGAGACAUUAAUCGUAUGGACGGAGCCCACCGGGACGGAUAUGGCGCUGAGCUUUCAAGAAGCUGAAGGCUGCGCGGUUAUCUGGGAUUUCGUCCACAGUGUCCAACACCAUAUGGGUGUGGCAACAACAGAUGACUUAUCAGAAGACCUUGAUAGCUACCACCAGGUCAUGCUACCCGCGCCGGAGCUCGGGAACCUACCAGAAAUUGAACAGAUUAUGAGAGUCGCCAGCAUGUCGCAACCCGGUCGAGAUACGCUAUCUAAAAUCGUGAUCCGCGACGACUACGUUACCAAAUUGAUCCCUCUCGUUUCCGUCGCAGAAGACCUCGAAAGCUUACCCGAUUUACAUCGCCUUUGUAGCAUCAUGAAAUCCGUCAUUCUCCUUAAUGACAACACUAUCAUCGAAAAUGUCGUUGCCGAUCCUCUUAUCCUCGGAGUUGUUGGAGCUCUAGAAUACGAUCCCGAGUUCCCUACUCAUAAAGCAAACCACCGGCAAUACCUCGCAGACGAAUCCCGCUUCAAGGAAGUCGUUCCGAUCAAGGACCCUAUCAUACGCAAGAAGAUCCGUUGUACAUGGCGCCUACAAUACUUGAAGGACGUCGUUUUAGCACGGAUUCUAGACGACCCGACGUUUUCCGUCCUCAAUUCGUUGAUUUUCUUCAACCAGGUCGAAAUCGUGAACCAUAUCCAAUCGAAUGCGGCAUUCUUAAAGGAGCUCUUUUCGGUCUUUGACCCCAGGAACCCAGACAUGAGGCGAAAAGAAGACGCGGUACAAUUCCUCCACCAAUGUGCGGUCAUCGCGAAGAACUUGCAGCCUCAAGGCCGCGCAAGUCUAUACGCCAACUUCAUCGGCCAUGGCCUUUUCGCCGUAAUUGCCUUUGCUGUGAAACACCCACGACCGUCAGUGAGAACGACUGGUAUCGACAUUCUGGUGGCGCUGCUCGACCAUGAUCCUAUCUUGAUGCGCGGCUAUAUGCUCAAGGCCGUCAACGAGAAGAAGACACCUCUCACGGAUACCUUGAUUGACCUGCUACAUAUGGAGUCCGACCUUGGCGUUAAGAACCAACUGGCAGAUGCCAUCAAAGUCCUGCUUGAUCCUCAAGUAACCAUGCAGGAUGCGAUGGGUCGGGCUGGCCCCGAUUACUUUGCCAAACUCCGUCCCAACAACAUUCUCUCUGAUGCGUUUGUACAACACCAUUUUGAUGAAUCGGCCAAGAAGUUGUUUAUGCCGAUGGGGAAUCUCGAGCAUCGUACUAAUUUUCAUGACCUCACGUUCCACGAAGUGGCAUUAUACGCUCAUCUUGUUGAUAUUCUUGGUUUCUUCAUUCGCCAAGACAUGUUCAGAAAUCGCCAUGUUCUCCAAACCGAAGCCAUUGCACCACGGAUAGCACAGUUGCUCACUGUGCCCCAGAAACAUCUCAAACUGGCUGCCGUGAAAUUCUUCCGCGGCCUAAUUGGCCUCCACGACACAUUCUACCAAGCAAUUCUGACACGUCACAACACAUUCGGCCUUAUCCUCGACAUUGUUCGUGAGACGAUGCCCCGUGACAACCUUCUAAACUCAGCAUGUCUCGAACUCUUCGAAUGCAUUCGAAGGGAAAACAUCAAAACGUUGAUUGUGCACGUGGUUGAGAAAUACCGCGAAAAGCUCCUGAGCAUCAUCUAUGUCGAUACAUUCAUCAACCUGGUCAACCGGUACGAACAGAUGCAGGGCUACGGGGCUGACGCUGAGUUCACGCUGUCUGCGCGGGGCGAGGAAGUGCAGACACCGAGAGUGCAGCCUAAUGGACAGCGGUGGCCAGGAGUUGGGGAGAUGGAUGCUGCCGAAGAAGCUUACUUUAAUACAUCAGAUGAUGAGGAGGAGUGGCAGCAAACCAAUUCCGAUGCCGCGCAGAAUGCCCCUACUCUUCCACCUCUUCCAGCCGCCAAACCAUUAGUUGACUACCCCGACGACGAUGAUGAAGAUGCGAUGGAUACACAAUCGGACUCGACACAAGCCCAGAAACAAGAAGAAAAGCCCUCGAGGCAAGAGCCUCACCUUACACAAUCUCCUGAAAUCAGACCUACAACACCACCAUCCCAGCCACCCCCUGAACGAUUAUCAGAGAAGCGUCGCCGUGAAGAGGAAGACGAAGACGAAUUAGUCAAGCUAACCUCUGGCGGACCGAAACGACGAAGCUCGACGAGCAGUAACUCGGGAAGCUCAGGGUUUUUGCGACGAAAAAGGAGCAUAGAAAAGGGAAACACGCAAAGUACCGGCAACGUCAGCGCACCACCCAAGAAGAUUUCGAUCAACAUCGGGGCCAAGUCCUCCAACACAACAACCACGACGAGCAGUGAACAGGAGAAUUGA